AUGUAUUGCUCGAACAAGAUUGGAGGAACAUAUCCUACUUCUUUUCCAUACUUUUCUGAUGAAGAGUAUGGAGGUACUUACGGUGCCACCUCUGCCAAAAGGUUGAAUGCAACUGUAAAUGAAGCUAAAAACGAUGCCGAAUGUGACGCUGAAUUGCUAUCGGAGAAGAAGCGCAAGCUUAAGGAGAAGUUCGAUGCGGAGUACGAUACGUCUGAAAAGAGUAGCUAUUAUGACGAGCUGAAGCAGGCUGCGGAAAGGCAGUCGCAGCUGAACAAGGAGGUCUUCGAGAAUAUGCCAGACGAGAUGCGCGUGCAGAUUGAGGGCUAUCGGUCGGGCAUGUACGUCAGGAUCGAAUUCGAAAGUGUGCCUGCAGAAUUCGUUCAGCAUUUCGAUCCGACUUAUCCCCUCGUUAUCGGGGCGCUGAAUAUGGGCGAGGAAAAUAUUGGGUAUGUGAACGUGAAGAUCAAGAAGCACCGUUGGCACUCGAAGAUACUCAAGACGAACGAUCCGUUGAUCAUUUCUUUAGGUUGGAGGCGAUUCCAGACGAUUCCGUUGUACUCAAAGCUAGAGGAUGAUUUGAAGUUCCGGUACUUGAAAUACACUCCGGAACAUUUGUCAUGCAAUGCUCACUUCUGGGGGCCCAUCACGCCGCAAGGAACAGGGUUUUUGGCGCUGCAGGCGGUGCAUUCAGAUGCGACGGAAAUUAAAAAACUUGGUUUCCGAAUCGCUGCCACGGGAUCUGUACAAGAAUUGGAUAAAUCUACGAGGAUACUGAAGAAACUCAAGUUAGUCGGUUACCCUCUGAAAAUUUACAAUAAAACAGCUAUGAUCAAAGGCAUGUUCAACAGCUCCUUGGAAGUCGCCAAGUUUGAGGGAGCCAAAAUCAAAACAGUCUCAGGGGUAAGGGGGCAAAUAAAAAAAGCAGACAAACCAGAAGGGUGUUUUAGAGCUACUUUUGAGGACAAAAUUCUACUCAGCGAUAUCGUUUUCUGUAGGACCUGGUUCAAAGUGGAGCCUCCAAAAUUUUAUAAUCCGGUAAAUACCUUGUUGUUGCCUCCAGAUCAGAAGAAUUCUUGGAGGGGUAUCAGAACCACCGGUGAAAUCAAGAGAGAACAGGGACUCAGAAAUAAAGUGAACAUUGACAGUUUGUACACGCCUGUUGGACAUCAUCAGUACCGUGCAGGGAGUCCUCCGUUGAGACAAACUAGCAGCGUCGACGAAAUCAAGUCUCAAGUGGAACCACCUAUUGGUGUCACACCCUAG